CUGAAGAACAUAGAGGUAAAAUGAUUUGUCUCAUACUAAAAAUAAGAGGUGUUUAAUGGUAUAUUAUUUUGAAAGGAAAAAAAGGAUAAAGGAUAAAUAGUAACAAUUUAAUUUUGGUUUUAGGUACCAAUUUGAAACAUGAAAACAGCAGUUCUUCUUUUUUGUCUCCUAGGGACAAUUCAAUCAUUACCAAUACUCCAGCUAAUGAGAAUGUAUCCAGUACAAGGCUUUGGUCAACAGCAGGUACAGCAACAGCUUCAUUCUGGUGUGGGACUUCCUCCUACAAAUUUGGUUCUGGAUCAGCCAACAUUACUCACCCCACAGCAGCCAAGCCAGCUCUUCCCUCCUUUGAGCCAAAUACCACUGUCACAAAUAUUUUCAGUGGGGACAGACAUGCCUCUGAUAAAUCCAGCUACAGGACUAGUACCUAACAUCCAGAUACUCCCAAUGACCCUAGCAGAUACAAAUAUCGCACAGCAGGUGUCUCCACAACAAGUGCUCCCUGUCAUUGUGGCACAAAUUGGAGCCCCGGGUGCCUUCCUAAGCUCAGAGGAAUUGCCAAUGGCCCCACAGAUCUUCACAGGACUUCUCAUCCAACCUUUUGGUACUGGAGCCAUACUCCCAACUGGCCAGGAAAGGAUAGAUGCUAAUACCCAGGAUGCAGCUCUUCCUGCAGGACAAACAGGAGGAAACUCUGCCAUCUGGGGAACCCCCGAAGGCCAGCUCCCAACUCCCAGUGGUCCAGAUGAUGUAUUCGAAGCUACCAACCCAGUGGGAAUUCAAAGAAUUGAGGGAAGCACCACUGAAGCACCAAACGGUGGGUUUUUCCAAACCCAUAAAAUGUCCCUUGGCCCUAAAAAGACAGCUGAAGGCAGUAUGAGACAGAAGUUCUUGGGUGAUCCCUCUGCCUUGGCAAAUAUGAAUCCCAGUAAUACCAGGGAGCUUCCUUCUUCUACGUCAGAGCUGACUCCAACAGGAGGCAAUCUGAUGAUUCCUCUGAUAGCACCCCAGGAUCCAGACUCCACUACUUCUCCUACCAUAUUAAUGCUGAGAGGAGACACUCAUCUGUCAAUAUAG